AUGAAGGAGAUUCUCUCUAAUAAGAGAAAGACGGGUUACUAUGAAACAGUGGCGUUAACGGAAGAAUGCAGUGCGAUUUUGCAAAGGAAACUUCCUCAAAAGUUACGAGAGCCUGAGAGUUUUACUAUUCCAUGCACGAUUGGGGAGUUUGAAUCAACUGGGCAAGCAUUGAUAGAUGUGCAAAAAGGAGAGUUAAAGCUGAGAGUUCAAGGGGAAGAAGUAGUAUUUAAUGUGUUUAAGGCUACGCCUUAUCCUAAAGCAAGUGAUAGUUGUUUCUCAGUUGAUGUGCAUAAAAAGUUUGAAGAAUUGGGUGAAGGACCAGAAAGACCAUUACCAUCGAUUCUGAAGCCACCUGUUUUAGAAUUGAAAGUUUUACCAGACCAUCUCCGUUAUGCUUAUCUUGGGGAAAAAGAGACUCUUCCAGUUAUAGUUUCAUCAUUACUUUCAGAAGUAGAGGAGGAGAAGUUGUUGAGGGUGUUAAGAUCUCAUAAAACUUCUAUAGGGUGGACUCUGGCUGAUCUAAGAGGAAUUAGCCCAUCGACAGUUAUGCAUAGAAUUCUCAUGGAGGAUGAUGCAAGACUGACUAUUGAUGCUCAACGAAGACUCAAUCCGAAAAUGAAAGAAGUGAAUGAAAGUAAUAAACUGAUUCCAACAAGGACUGUGACGGGUUGGAGGAUUUGUAUAGAUUAUCGGAAGUUGAAUAAGGAAACUAGGAAAGAUCAUUUUCCUUUGCCUUUUAUUGAUCAGAUGUUGGAUAGGUUGGCGGGGCAUAACUACUAUUGUUUUCUAGAUGGGUACUCAGGCAAUCAUCAGAUUGUAAUUGCACCGGAGGAUCAAGAGAAGACAACGUUUACAUGUCCUUAUGGGACUUUUGCUUUUAGAAGGAUGCCAUUCGGGUUAUGUAAUGCACCAGCCACGUUUCAACGGUGUAUGAUGGCAAUAUUUUCUGACAUGGUAAAGAAGGGGAUUGAAAUUUUUAUGGAUGAUUUUUCGGUUUAUGGGUCCUCUUUUGACACGUGUUUGACUAAUUUGGAGCUGGUGUUGAGGAGGUGUGAAGAGUCGCAUUUGGUGCUUAAUUGGGAAAAGUGCCACUUUAUGGUAAAUGAAGGAAUUGUUAUGGGGCACAAGAUUUCUAAGAAAGGCAUCGAAGUGGAUAGGGAAAAAAUUUCUAUGAUAGAGAAUUUGCCACCACCAGUUUCAGUAAAAGGAGUAUGGAGUUUCUUAGGUCAUGCAGGAUUUUAUAGGAUGUUUAUCAAAGACUUAUCCAAAGUUUCGAAGCCACUAUCCACUUUGUUAUUGAAUGGGGUUACAUUCGAUUUUGAUGAGAAGUGUCAACAAGCUUUUAGGAUACUUAAGGAGAAAUUGAUCUCGGCACCUGUAGUUGUUGCGCCUCAAUGGGAUUUGCCAUUUGAACUGAUGUGUGACGCCACUGAUUUUGCGGUUGGGGCAGUGUUGGGACAAAGAGUUGACAAGGAUAAGAAAGGUACUGAGAAUUUGGUGGCUGAUCACUUGUCUAGAUUAGAUGUUGAUGAAGAUUCUCUUGAUAAAGAAGUUCAGAUUAAUGAUGUUUUUCUUGAUGAGCAGCUGUUCGAAGUAAGUGUUUGCAAGGGUGUUCCAUGGUUUGCAGACUAUGUUAAUUAUUUGGCUGCUAAGGUUAUACCUCUUGAGAUGACAAGGCAACAACUCAAGAAAUUUUAUUUGGAGGUGAAGCAUUAUUAUUGGGAGGAGCCUAUUAUGUAUAAACAUUGCCCUGAUCAAGUUAUUAGGAGAUGUGUGCCCGAAGAGGAGAUGUUUUCAAUCUUAACUCACUGUCAUAGUUUGCAUUGCGACGAUCAUUUUGGCGGAACAAGAACAUCAGCAAAAGUUUUGCAAAGUGGGUUUUACUGGCCUACAUUAUUUAAAGAUGCUAAUGAUUUUGUCAAAAGUUGUGAUUGUUGUCAACGGACUGGGAAUAUAUCAAGAAGAGAUCAAAUGCCGAUGACUGGUAUUUUGGAAGUUGAGUUAUUUGACUUGUUCACUGCUCUUUGUGCUCACUAUGGUGUUCAUCAUCGAAAAGCGUUAUUCCACCUAAUUGCAAAUGGCCAAGUUGAAGUGUCAAAUAGGGAAAUAAAAGGUAUCUUGGAAAAGACAGUAAAUACUUCGAGGAAGGAUUGGUCGAAGAAUCUUGAUGAUUCACUGUGGGCGUAUCGCACUGCAUUCAAAACUCCGAUUGGUAUGUCACCCUAUCGAUUGGUGUUUGGUAAGGCUUGUCAUUUACCGGUGGAACUGGAGCAUAGAGCUUAUUGGGCUAUGAAAAAGUUAAAUAUUGAUCUCUUUAUGGAGGGACAUAAUAAGCUUAUGGAGUUAAAUGAGCUUGAAGAAUUCCGAAAUGAAGCUUAUGAGAAUGCGAAGAUCUAUAAGAAGAAUUCAAAGGCCUUUCAUGAUAAGCGAAUAUUGAGGAAGGAUUUUCAACCAUGA